AUUCUUCUUAACUUCACCAUCAUUAAAUUAAGUUUUCUUCUUUUAUUUAUAUUCCGUGUAUAAAAUUCGUGUCUUUGUUAGUAAACGACAGAACCCAGCAUCUCUUAUAACCUUCCUCUCUUCUCAGAUCCAACCCUUUUAUCUGUCUCCCCACCUGUUUGGUGAGACUUGGCGUUAAUGGAGUGGAGCUUCAACAUGAAUCAUAAUCGUGAAGUAUAAAAUUCGUGGUUAUCAACACAAAUGGGUGGGCUUUGCUCGAGGAGAUCCACUGUAGAUAAUGCUCCCGUUGGAGGCUUUCCCCAUGUUAAUGGCCAUUUUGCUCGAGGGUCGGGAUUGGUUUUUCAGACCCGGCAACUGCCCGCGAAGAUAAGCACCAAUUCAGCUCCUCCUGCUGAGGACAGUGCAGAUAAUGCAGGGAUGGAGUCAAGAGAACCUUUUUCAUUUCCGGAGAUCAGUACGGUUCCUUAUUGUAUGAAUCCAGCUGGUAUUGAUGACGGAAUUCCUCGUUUGUCGAGGGUGCUAUCUAAUAAAUCUAGAUCAACCAAGUCUAAGCAGGCUGCUGUUGCAAAGGUUACUGAGGUUGGCUCUCGUUUAGGUAGAGCCGGUACUGCUGGGUUUGGAAAGGCAGUGGAUGUUCUGGACACCCUUGGUAGUAGCAUGACAAAUUUGAAUCUUGGCAGUGGCUUUACCUCAGGGGUAACAACAAAAGGGAAUAAAAUAUCAAUUCUAUCUUUUGAAGUUGCAAAUACAAUUGUUAAAGGUGCCAAUCUGAUGCAAUCGCUUUCUAUGGAGAAUAUUAGACAUUUAAAUGAGAUGGUCCUUAAGUCAGAAGGAGUACAGAAUUUGAUAUCAAGAGAUAUGGAUGAACUCCUGAGAAUUGCAGCUGCUGAUAAGAGGGAAGAGUUAAAAAUUUUUUCCGGAGAGGUGGUACGAUUUGGAAAUCGUUGUAAAGAUCCUCAGUGGCACAAUUUGGAUCGUUAUUUUGAAAAGUUGGGUUCAGAACUUACAUUUGAAAAGCAAUUGAAGGAAGAAGCAGAGACGAUAAUGCAACAGUUGAUGACUUACGUCCAUUAUACAGCUGAAUUAUAUCAUGAGUUGCAUGCCUUGGACAGAUUUGAACAAGAUUAUCGACGUAAGCUUCAGGAAGAGGAUAAUUCAAAUACUGCUCAAAGGGGAGACAGCCUUGCAAUAUUGAGAGCAGAGUUAAAGAGUCAAAAUAAGCAUGUGAAAAAUUUGAAGAAAAAAUCUCUUUGGUCUAGAAUUUUGGAAGAGGUCAUGGAGAAGCUUGUAGAUAUCGUUCAUUUCUUGCACUUGGAGAUUCACGAGGCAUUUGGCGCAGCUGAUGGUGAUAAACCCGUUAAAGGUUCUGUCAGCAGUCAUAAAAAGUUGGGGACAGCUGGUCUUGCGUUGCAUUAUGCAAAUAUCAUAACCCAAAUUGAUACUCUUGUUUCUCGAUCAAAUUCUGUGCCCCCAAAUACAAGGGAUUCUUUAUACCAAGGGCUGCCUCCUACUAUAAAGUCUGCUCUACGGUCUAGACUGCAAUCAUUUCAGCUAAAGGAAGAGCUAACUGUCCCACAGAUAAAAGCUGAAAUGGAGAAAACAUUGCAGUGGCUUGUUCCCAUUGCCACUAAUACAACCAAAGCGCAUCAUGGGUUUGGAUGGGUUGGAGAGUGGGCAAACACCGGGUCUGAGAUGAAUCGUAAACCUGCUGGCCAGACUAACUUGCUCAGGAUCGAGACACUACAUCAUGCGGACAAGGAGAAAACUGAAGUUUAUAUUCUUGAUCUGGUAGUGUGGCUUCACCACCUUGUUACUCAAGUAAGGGCUGGGAAUGGUGGAAUCAGAUCUCCUGUUAAGUCUCCAAUUAGGUCUCCAAACCAGAAGACAGUUCAACUAUCAACUCAGAAGCAGUCCCCAUCAUCGAUGUUGACUGUUGAAGAUCAAGAGAUGCUUCGGGAUGUGAGUAAGAGGAAAAAGGCACCUGGAAUAAGUAAGAGCCAGGAAUUUGACACUGCAAAAACUAAGUUAAUCAAGCACCAUAGGUUGAGUAAAAGCACUAGCCACUCUCCAACAAGUGAAUCUAAGAAAGAUCCCUUCCUUAUUCGGAGGCUGUCCUCAGUUCCUUUCAUCGACUUUGAUAUCAACCGGAUCAAGGCAUUGGAUGUCAUCGAUCGAGUGGACACGCUUCGAAGUUUGUAACUAAAUGUUGAAUUGAGAUUCAUAGGCCUUUUACUUUGCUUGUGUAAAGUGUCCAUCUGCUGCAUUUUUCGGUGUUGGGUGCUAAAUUGGUUUGCAGUUGGCAAUAUUUUUGGUGAGUUUACAAAGCAGAUGCUGAGUGAUCAUGAUACAAGCUGUUAUUUUUCUUACAUGUGAAAAGUGUAAGGGUAAUGAAUGUAUUUAGUCAAGGGGGAAUUUAAACUGAUUUUCUAGCCUAUAGUUCUCUCUUUAGUUCUAUAUGUACAGAAUAUUUCAUCAUUUCAUAAUAAUUAUAAAUCUCUGCUCUGCCUUUUUGGUCU